AUGGAAUUUACUAAUAAUUCUGAGGAUGUAGAACAAGAUAACGAGGUUCUAGAGAAAUCCAAUCAGAUUAAUGUAUUGGAAGUCUUGCCUUCAAAGAAAUCAACUGCACCUAUCCCAUUAGUUCAUGUCUCUAACACUUCUAAUAAUUCCAAAAAAGAGGUAUGGUUUGAUAAAGAUAUGUUUUUCAAUGAGGUGAAUCCCACUAAAGUGAACACUGUCACUUCAAACGAUGAUGUGUAUUUUGAUCAAAUAAAUGAAGUUAGUAUGCAUGAUAGUGACUCCAAUUUAUAUAAUGAUAACUCCAAUUCUGAUGAUUCUGAAGAAGAGAUGCUAGAUGAUUCGGAUGAUGAUGGAUAUAAUAGAUAUAGUAGAUACAGUAGAUAUAAUGAAUAUGAUGAAUAUGAUAGAGGUUAUUACUAUCGUGAUAGAAAAUACAAAAGAAAAUCCUCUCCAAUGAUGAGUCCUAUUAUAUUCUUAAUAACUAACCGCCUAGGAGAAUUUUGCAUAUUUGGUACUUAA